AUGCGCGCCGCUACCAUUUCGCUUAUUGCGCUCUUGGCCCUGACGGCUUCGGCUACCAAUCAUGAGGGGUAUGGUAAUGGGGGUAGCACACCAGAUAUGGGAGGAGGUGGUUAUGGAGGAGGUGGAAAUUAUGGAGGGGGCCACGGAGGAGGAGGUGGUGGUGGUGGUUACGGAGGAGGUGAUCAUGGGAAAGAAACCUCAACUCCCUGUGAUGAUGAUAAAACGACAACUCCGCCGGCAGUCCAUACAACAACUACUCCUCCACCAGCAGAGACGACACCUCCAGUACCCUGCUAUGGAAAAGAUUGUACAACGACUACUGAACCUUGCGACGAUGAUAAGACAACAACAACUCCCCCAGCUCACACUACUACUACCGAGCCUUGUGACGAGACAACCACUCCACCACCAGCGGAGACCACUUAUCCUCCGCCUGCUGAGACCACUUACCCUCCGCCUGCAGAGACGACAACUCCCCCAGCUCAAACUACUUCUACUGAGCCUUGUGACGAGACAACCACUCCACCACCAGCAGAAACAACAACACCACCGCCAGCAGAGACCACUUACCCUCCGCCUGCUGAGACCACAACUCCAGGCUGUGAUGGUUAUGAUUGCACUCCUCCAAUAAUCACAACAUCUGAACCACCACCUGCAGAGACAACAACCCCACCUCCAGCCGAGACGACUACACCACCACCAUCUGAGACGACUCCAGGUUGUGAUGGCUAUGAGUGCACUACAACCCCACCAGCAGAGACGACAACACCACCACCAUCUGAGACGACUCCAGGUUGUGAUGGCUACGAUUGCACUACAGCCCCGCCUCCAGCAGAGACAACAACUCCUUGCUAUGGCGAAAGCUGCACAACAACGACAACGCCAUGCGACGAUACUACCACUCCUCCACCAGCUGAGACUACUACGCCUUCUUGCGAUGGAUAUGAGUGUUCAGGCACUACAACUUCUACUCCACCGGUUGAGACGACUACACCACCUGUUGAGACUACAACACCGCCUUAUGAGACAACACCACCACCAGUUGAGACUACUACGCCACCUUAUGAGACCACAACACCUCCUGUUGAGACAACCACUCCUCCUUAUGAGACUACAACACCGCCUGUCUACACCACUACCCCACCUGUAGAGACAACUACCCCACCUGUAGAGACAACUACCCCACCUGUAGAGACAACUACCCCACCUGUAGAGACAACCACUCCACCAGUCGAGACGACUACACCUCCACCAGUUGAGACAACUUCUUGCCCAAUGCCAACUGCUGAGACCGUCACUGUAACAGCACCUCCAGAGACAGCUGCUUGCGCAACUCCAUCUCCAGUUACUAUUACCGUCACAUCACCACCAGAGACCGUCACUUCGCCCCCAGAGACCGUUACUGUCACCUCUCCACCUGAGACUAUUACCUCGCCUCCAGAGACUGUCACCUCACCACCAGAAACGCUCACCGUGACAGCACCUCCAGAGACCGUUACCGCAGCUCCAGAGACAGACACCGUGACAGCGGCUCCAGAGACUGUAACAGCAGAACCAGACACGGAUACUGUAACAGCACCUCCAAUGACCGUCACGGCAGAGCCAGAGACCGAUACCGUAACAGCACCUCCAAUGACUGUCACAGCAGAGCCAGAUACAGAUACCGUAACGGCACCGCCAAUGACUGUCACAGCGGAGCCGGAUACAGAUACUGUAACUGCAGCUCCACAAACUGUUACAGCAGAACCAGACACUGUGACUGCAACAUUACCUGAAGAGACAGAGACCUUGACAUCGCCUCCAAAGACGGUUACAGCUACAGCACCAGCGGAAACAGUAUAUGUAACCAGUGUCUCUACCGUUCUCACUUGCGAGAGCACACCACCACCGUCAUUCCCAACUACUACUUCUGAUACACCAUCAUGCACUGGAAGUGAAUGUUAUACAGAAACUACAACUCCACCGGACGUCCCAGCAACUACUACCCCAGACGUUCCAGCUACCACAGAGCCCCCAUGUGAUUGUGAGGACGAUAAAACUACUACUACACCAUAUGAAGCAACCACUUCAACUUGUGAAGGUGAUUAUUGCUCACCAGAGACGACAUCUCCUUCAUACAGUCCUGCCACAACAACAUCGAGCUGUGAAGGAGAAUCUUGUUAUCCAGAGACGACAUCUCCACCAUACAGUGCUUCAACUACAGCCUGUGAAGGAGAUUACUGCUCAUACGAUACUACAAGUGAAUCAUACAGCCCACCGACGACGACACCAACAUGUGAGGGCGAAUCUUGUUAUACAGACACUUCUUCAUCAUCAUACUACAGUCCUCCAACAUCAACCCCAUCUUGCGAAGGAGACUACUGCUCAUCAGAGACCACAAGCGAAUCAUACAGCCCUCCAAGCUCAACAGACUACUCAUACAGCCCUCCAAGUUCAACAGACUACUCCUAUCCACCAGAAACCACAACUCCAUCAUACCCAACAACAACACCGUACUGCGACUCAGAAGCCGGAGAUUGUGUACCACCUGCCACUACCACCGAGGAGCCACCAUGCGACUGCACCGACGAAUCCACCGCCACACCAACACCAACAACCAUGGCAACCUGCAACCCAUACGAAGCAGGCAGCGCAUGCGCACCCGUAACUACCAGCAAGCCUGGCAAACCACCAGGAGGACACUACAACGGUACCGCAACACCAAGCUGGAACCCUCCAUCUAGUGCUUACGGAACCGGAAUCAUGACACCAACGCCCUCCGGCCCACUGCUCACAAACAGUGCCGAGAAGAUCGGUGGCGGUCUCGGUCUCGCAUUUGUCGGAGGAGUUGUAGGAUUAUUGUUCUUGAUUUAA